AUGGAUAUCCCCAUCCAGUAUCCCUGGUACCGUCGGGCCUUCCCACAUCGACUCUCUGACAUCUCCUUGGCAGAACCGCUCACUGAUUGGCCACUAAUCUGGCCCUUCCCCAUGUCCUUCCCCUGGAUACGUCCUUCAUUCAUGCGCUGGUUCAACUGGCCCGACAACGGACACAGUGAGAUGCGCAUUGAAAAGGAUCGCUACGUAAUUUUUCUGGAUGUGAAGGAUUUCUCACCUGAAGAGCUGUCUGUCAAUGUCAGUGACGAGUUCAUCACAAUACACGGCAAACAUGAGGGCAGACAGGACGACCACGGCUUUGUGUCAAGAGAGUUUCUGAGGAAGUACAGGCUUCCUGCUGGCGUGUCAAGUGCUGAUGUCACAUCCAGUCUGUCAUUUGAUGGUAUCCUUACAAUCACUGCACCUCGGUCAGCUCCCGGCUCAGAGCGCACUAUUCCUGUUUCCUUUGAGGAUGGAACACCGAAACAGAAAAUGUAG